CACUGCCGCCGUCGCCGCCGUCCUGCGCAGCCUCCAUGGAUCGCAGCUCCAAGAGGAGGCAGGUGAAGCCCCUGGCGGCUUCGCUGCUGGAAGCGCUAGAUUAUGAUAGCUCCGAUGACAGUGAUUUUAAGGUUGGAGAUGCCUCGGAUUCUGAAGGAAGUGGUCACGGGAGCGAAGAUGCUUCAAAGGACAGUGGUGAAGGUUCCUGUACUGAAUCAGAAGAAAAUAUCUUGGAGGAGGAACCAGCUGAGGAGAAAGCAGAAGAGCAACAGCUAAAAUGUUCCACUGAAGAAGAGGUGCCAACAGCAAACAAGGAGGUAAUUAAAACUGAAAAGAAGGAUCAGGAAGAAGAAGAAGAAAAGCCAAAAAAGAAGAAGGAGAAAGAGAAAGCGGUUGAACCUGAUGUUGUGGCUGAUGAGCAAACAAGUGAACCCAAAAAAUGGAAUUUGCGCAGGAACCGCCCUUUGCUGGAUUUUGUAUCAAUGGAGGAACUGAACGAUAUGGAUGACUAUGACAGUGAAGAUGAUAAUGACUGGCGACCUACUGCUGAGAAAAGAAAAGGGAAAAAUGCCCUGCGGAAAGAGGGAAGCGAUGGAGAUAAUGAGGAUGAUGAAGAUGAUGGGAGUGGAAGCGAUGAGGAUGACAAUGAUGAAGAAGGCAAUGAAGAAGAUAAUAGCAGCACAGCUAGUGAUGGAGGAUCGAAGAAGAAGAAGAGUAAAGUUCUUAACAGGAAUAAUGCAGAUGAUGAAGAACUGACAAAUGAUAGCCUGGCUCUUUCACAAAGCAAGAGUAAUGAGGACUCAUUGAUCCUUGAGAAGUCUCAGAACUGGAGUUCCCAGAAGAUGGACCAUAUUCUGAUUUGUUGCGUUUGUCUUGGAGAUAAUAGUGAAGAUGCUGAUGAGAUAAUCCAGUGUGACAACUGUGGGAUAACAGUACACGAAGGCUGCUACGGUGUUGAUGGAGAGAGUGAUUCUAUUAUGAGCUCAGCUUCAGAAAAUUCCACUGAACCCUGGUUCUGCGACGCAUGCAAAUGUGGUGUCACACCUAGCUGUGAACUGUGUCCUAACCAGGAUGGCAUCUUCAAGGAGACAGAUGCAGGCAGGUGGGUCCAUAUUGUUUGUGCCCUCUAUGUUCCAGGAGUAGCAUUUGGAGAUAUUGACAAGUUACGGCCAGUAACACUCACAGAAAUGAAUUAUUCAAAGUACGGUGCCAAGGAAUGCAGUUUCUGCGAAGAUCCUCGUUUUGCCCGGACGGGUGUUUGCAUUAGUUGUGAUGCUGGGAUGUGCAGAGCUUACUUCCAUGUGACUUGUGCUCAGAAAGAAGGCUUGCUUUCAGAAGCAGCAGCAGAAGAGGAUAUAGCUGAUCCUUUUUUUGCUUAUUGUAAACAGCAUGCAGACAGGUUAGACAGAAAGUGGAAGCGGAAGAACUACCUGGCAUUGCAGUCAUACUGCAAAAUGUCCUUGCAGGAAAGAGAGAAGCAGCUCUCACCAGAAGCCCAGGCUCGAAUCAAUGCGAGGCUACAGCAGUAUCGUGCCAAGGCAGAGCUGGCUCGGACCACCCGGCCUCAGGCCUGGGUCCCCAGGGAGAAGCUGCCGCGUCCCCUGACCAGCAGCGCCUCAGCCAUUCGAAAGCUCAUGCGCAAGGCAGAGCUAAUGGGCAUUAGCACGGACAUCUUCCCAGUGGACACUUCGGACACCAAUUCCAGUGUUGAUGGAAGAAGAAAACAUAAGCAACCAGCUCUCACUGCUGAUUUUGUGAAUUACUACCUUGAGAGAAAUAUGCGCAUGAUUCAAAUCCAGGAGAAUAUGGCUGAACAGAAGAAUAUCAAGGAUAAAUUAGAAAAUGAGCAGGAAAAGCUCCAUGUGGAAUAUAAUAAGCUGUGUGAAUCCUUGGAAGAACUACAAAAUAUGAAUGGAAAACUACGAAAUGAAGGGCAAGGAAUUUGGGCCCUGAUGGGUAGAAUCAUUGGACAGAAAUUGAACAUACCAGCAAUUUUACGUGCCCCAAAAGAAAGAAAACCGAGUAAAAAGGAAGGAGGAACACAAAAGACAUCUACACUUCCAACUGUACUUUAUAGUUGUGGAAUUUGCAAGAAGAACCAUGAUCAACACCUCCUGCUACUGUGUGAUACUUGCAAACUCCAUUAUCAUCUUGGCUGCCUGGACCCUCCUCUUACAAGAAUGCCAAGGAAGACCAAGAACAGUUAUUGGCAGUGCUCAGAGUGUGACCAGGCAGGUAGCAGUGACAUGGAAGCUGAUAUUGCCAUGGAAACCUUACCAGAUGGGACCAAAAGAUCAAGGAGGCAGAUUAAGGAACCAGUCAAAUUUGUUCCACAGGACCUGCCACCUGAACCGAAGAAGAUUCCAAUCAGGAACACGAGAACUAGAGGACGAAAACGAAGCUUUGUGCCCGAGGAAGAAAAACCUGAGGAACGRAUUCCUAGAGAAAGGAGACAGAGACAGUCUGUUCUUCAAAAGAAGCCCAAGUCUGAGGAUUUAAGGACUGAAUGUGCUACAUGUAAAGGGACUGGAGACAAUGAAAAUCUAGUCAGAUACCCUUCAUGAGACACAACUCUACCACAACUCAUCCUCGGAGGCAAUCCUGGAAACCUCUUUUAUAAAUAUGAUUUUAAUAUAUCUGGAUAAAGCUCUCAAUAGAGUACCCARAGUAAAGGAGAACAGCUAUCCUCUCUCUCUACCAUAAGCUUAUUAUGACAAAAAGUUGAAUUCGCUUGUCAGGCUUGGAUAGAAUGUAAUUGAUUGGUUUGUUAUUUGGACUGACAAGGUAGUUAAUUUGCCUGCCUUUUUUUUUGCACUAAUCAGGAACAUAUCAUGUGUGCUUUGCUGAAAAAUCCCGGAUAAAUGUCUUGUCAGAAUUGUCCUAUUAAGUUAAUGUCUCUUUCCCCUGCGCUUCCUUGGCAAGUGAUGUUAUGCAAUGCCUGGAUUCACUGAAGAGUGGCGGAAGCCUGUGGGACUUAAAUAUUGUGCGUGUGGUGAUACUGAAUGAAAUAAGCAACGGUUCGCCGUCAGCCUGCUGCUCUACUUAUAUGCAGUUUAAUAAGAACAUUUCUAUAUAAAACACCAUGUUGUACAUAGAAGUUAAUGUAAAAAGGAUUGUUUCCUACCAAAAUAUUUGGUGCACUGAUAAUAAGAGACUUCUAAAACACCUGGGACUUUCUAUUCUGAAGUAAUAGAUUUGCCACGGAAGAAUUGAUUUUGUGCUUAGUAGAAUGAAUUAAUCAUUUCUAACUUGGACACUGGAGUGAAUAGAACUUUAUAUUGUUUUCUGGAUCACUAUUAAGAAAAAUCUGAGUAUAUGCAGACAUUGUUUGAUUUGGCUUACUUCUCUGGCACUGUUCAGGACAACCUUAUUGCCUCAUAAUCUAAAUAYGAAAUUGUUACAUAACUUGGGAAAGGAAUGAAGAAGUGAUCAAUACAGCAUCACAGCUGAGAUCUUCGUCUUCGUCCAUGUAUAUCCUGGUAGAUGCAAAGAUAGUGUUUUGAUCUGCAAAUGGUACUGAUCCAGAUGUUAAAAUCUACAGUUACAGUAUAAUGACAUCU